AGUGGUGGCUCUGGGGAGGGCUAGUGGAAACGGAGCGCGGGGGAGGAAGGGUGCGCGCCACGAGGGGCGGCGCGCGUGCGCGCUGAGCUGGGACGGGUCGCGAGAAGCUGCUGCUGGCUCUGUUGCCGCGGCCGCUGCGGCUUGAAAAAAGGGGGUCGCGCGGGGCGGGAUUCGGUCGGGCGAACGCGAGCCCGGAGCCUCGGGGCUUGCUCUGCCUCCUCGGGCCUAAGCCGCCCUGAAGAGCCCGAGACGGGGAAGAACGGGCCGGCCGGCCCUGGGGGAAGCGGACACCGCCGGGGAAGGAGGCGGCGGCCCAGGGCCCGGCCGCCGCCCGGAACGAGGAGGAGGAGGGAGAGGAGGGGACCAUGUCCUCGAGGGCCCGCAGCAAACUCUCUACCACUGACCGCGUCAUCAAAGCUGUUCCUUUUCCUCCAACUCAGCGGCUCACACUGAAAGAAGUAUUUGAAGAUGGAAAGCCUAGACUUGAUGUCUUGAAAAGCCACUUGGUGAAAGAAGGUAGAUUAGAAGAGGAUGCAGCCUUAAAGAUAAUCAAUGAUGGAGCUGCCAUUCUGAAAAAUGAAAAGACUAUGAUAGAAUUGGAAGCACCUAUCACAGUGUGUGGUGACAUUCAUGGGCAGUUCUUUGACUUGAUGAAAUUGUUUGAAGUUGGAGGAUCACCUGCUAACACACGCUACCUCUUCCUGGGAGACUAUGUGGACAGAGGCUAUUUCAGUAUAGAGUGUGUGCUGUACCUUUGGAGUUUAAAGAUACAUCAUCCCAAAACAUUAUUUCUGCUUCGGGGCAACCAUGAAUGCAGGCAUCUCACAGAAUACUUCACCUUCAGACAAGAAUGUCGAAUAAAAUAUUCAGAGCAGAUAUAUGAUGCAUGCAUGGAUACAUUCGAUUGUCUUCCUCUUGCUGCCCUCUUAAACCAGCAGUUUCUAUGUGUACAUGGAGGACUGUCUCCAGAAAUCAGUUCUCUAGAUGACAUUAGACGAUUAGACAGGUUUAGGGAACCUCCAGCUUUUGGACCAAUGUGUGACCUGCUUUGGUCUGAUCCCUUGGAGGAGUAUGGCAAUGAGAAGACCAUGGAGCACUUUAGCCACAACACUGUCCGAGGGUGCUCCUACUUUUACAGUUAUCCUGCAGUUUGUGAAUUUUUGCAAAGCAAUAGUUUGUUAUCAGUAAUCAGAGCCCAUGAAGCUCAGGAUUCCGGGUAUCGAAUGUAUAGGAAGAGCCAGACAACAGGCUUUCCAUCACUCAUUACAAUUUUCUCUGCCCCAAAUUACCUAGAUGUCUAUAACAACAAAGCUGCUGUUCUGAAAUAUGAAAACAAUAUCAUGAACAUCAGACAGUUUAACUGCUCUCCACACCCCUACUGGCUUCCAAACUUUAUGGAUGUCUUUACAUGGUCUUUACCUUUUGUUGGGGAGAAAGUCACCGAGAUGCUGGUUAACAUUCUCAACAUAUGCUCUGAUGAUGAGUUGAUUUCAGAUGGUGAUGAGACAUUGGAAGAUCACUACAUUUCAAGCUAUCAGAAAGGAGGUGCAUCAAUUCGUAAGGAGAUCAUCAGAAAUAAAAUCAGGGCUAUUGGAAAGAUGGCACGAGUGUUUUCAAUUCUUCGAGAGGAGAGGGAAAAGUGUGCUGACUCUCAAAGGGGCUGACUCCUACAGGUACACUACCUCUGGGUGUCCUCUCAGGAGGAAAGCAGACCCUCCAGUCAGCCAUCCGAGGGUUUUCACCCCCUCACAAGAUUCGAGAGCUUUGAGGAAGCUCGGGGCCUGGACGGAUUAAUGAGCCGUAUGCCCCCCGCAGAGAUAAGUCAUACCCUGAUGGGCCAGUGGCAGUGCCGGUGAAUUU